GUAUUUUGAAAAAUACAAAAGCUACACAAAAACCAAAGAUAAGGUGUGUGAUAAUCUUAAGAAACUAGAAAAGAUGCUUAGACAGUCUUUGUCUAAGAUUCCAAUGUCUUAUAAGGAAGCUUUGGAGCACUUGGAAGAAAGCAAGGUUUUGGUCUCUAGCAUUGACUCGGCUGAAGAUGAUCUGGUGAAGCUGAGGCAGGACUUUGGAGAGCUGAUGAGAUUAGGCAGAGGAAGUGACAGGGCCCUGGGCAGGGUUGUAGCAGUGCUGUGGGAAAACUGGCUGGGUUUGCUUGAGGCAGCCAAAGGCCUGGAAAUUACCUGCGAAGAACUGAAGCCGGAAUGGAAAUUCAUCAAUGAAGAGCUGGAACGCGAAACAAUAAUUCUCGACAAACUCCAGGAAGAACAGCCAGAAAGCCUUAAAGAGAAAGAAAAGGCCACCAGACAGGAACUGGUAGAAUUACUAGAUUUUGUGAAGUCCUUUGAAGAAAACAUCAGCCAGCAGCAGCUCCUCUUACUCUUGCUUCUUCACCGAAUAAGAAGCAUCCUGAACACGUCUGAAAAUACGGAGGCAGAAGCUGCCCCUCCUGCCUUAUGUGAGAUAAAGGCAAUGCAGGAUCGCUGUAAAAAGUUGUACGACAAGGCCCAAGACCAUAAGGAUUCUGUGAAAGCUGAGAUUCAAGAGAGGAACAAGGUCACUGAAGAAAUAAAUGCUGUGGCAAAUGCAUUACAGAAUGCUGCGUCUGUGUUAUUGCAAGAUGCUGCUGGAAGGGCAGAACAGCUGGAGGAGCUUCAGAGUGUGAUUGAUAGAGAGAGUCAGGCUCUAAAGGAUAUCAUGGAGAAACUCCGGAUCAAGUAUUCUGAAAUGUAUACAAUAGUUCCUGCAGAGCUCGAAACGCAAUUGGAGGACUGCAAGAAAGUACUGCAAGAUCUAGAAGAGAAGGUUAGCUCUGAAGUCUUGCAGAGCUCUCCUCAGUAUGUGUUGAAAAGGAAAGCAGAAACUAUUAACAAUGGCCUUCAAGCUAUUGAAAAGAUGCUGCAACAAAAGAGUGAAAACAUUGCAAAAGCCAAAGAUGUUCAGAAGCAAAUCUGGGAUAUGUUGGACCUUUGGCAUUACAAACUCAAUGAACUGGAUGCAGAAGUGCAAGAUAUAGUGGAGGAGAAUUCCUGCUAUGCACAGGAGUUGAUGGAUAUCCUGGUGACACCACUUCAGCAGUACCAGCAGGUCUCUCAGCUUGCUGAGCGCAGAACUGCCAUUCUAAACAAGGCUGCCAACAAGAUGGAAAAAUAUGAUGAACUCUUGCAGAAUGUGAAAGAUUGGAUAGAAAGCACCAACUGUUUGCUAAGAGCAGAUGCUCAAAAUGACUCUGCAAAGAGCUUACGCAAACAUGCUGAUGACCUUCAGUUGGCUUUGGAAGACUCAGAGCAAAAGCAAAAUCUUCUGCACAAUGUCUUUGUGGAGCUUGAGGAGCUGACACCAGUCCUUGAAACAGACAGUGUGAUGCAACAGCUAAGUGAAAUUGAUGGUCAAGUAGCAACUUUACAGCAGGAGAUAGCAGAGAUUCUUCCACGGAUUCAGCAUGUGGCUGAUGAAUUGGAUGCCAUUGAAUCUCAUGUGAAAGUGUUUGAGAAGGACGUUGCAGAAAUGAAGACACUCCUGUUAGAAUUUUCUGCUAAAGACCAACUUAAACAUGGGCAGGUUAUACUUGAGCAUGUUGGUCCCCGGCAGAAGGCUAUUGCUCACAUGCUGUCCUAUGAAGUAGCACUUCAGCUACCAGGAGUGAAAAUGCAACCUUUCUCAGUCUUCCGAAGAGCAAGGCAACUCUUGAGAGAAUUGAAGGAAUUAGAAAUAAUUACUAAGGAACAAAAUGACCUACUGGAGGGAGAAAUGGAAGCUGUAAAAGAAGAAAUCAUAAAGCUGUGCCAAAGAAAGGAAGAUAUCCUUUCUGGGAUGAAGAAUUCCAUGUCUGAGCUUCACCAGCGCUUACAGCAAGAAGUGCCUGAAUCAGAAGAUGAACCUACAGCCUCCCUGUUAGCACACAGUGACUUCACUGGGACUGAUGUUUCUGGUCAGCAGGGAAGUACAGCCACAGAGAAAGAUGCAAGCUUUUGGCCUUCAGAAAGAGAUGGCGAAAGGCACAAGGAAGACAGUGCAACCUCCUGGUCUUCUGAUACCUUGUCAGAUGGCAUUGUUCAGGAUGAGGAUGUAAUAAUCGAAUCACACAGUAAACAUGGUGAAGAAACAUCUGUGCAAAUUUUGGAGAGCACUGAAGGCCCUGGCACAGGUGAUGGCAGUCUGGCUAUG